AUGAUAGCGAACGAGAGUGGCAGGCUAGGGGCAAACGCACCACCGACACCGAUACCGACGCCGAAUGCCGGUGUCCCGCGGGAGUCGUCAAGUUCGUACGCACCGGAGCCCACCAAUACGGGGACGGUCAAGCGCAGACCGACCUCACUAGAAGCGAAAGAAAAAACUCCAUCGCCAACGAACGCGUGUGGGGUUGGGUUUUCCUGCACAAAGGAAGCAUCUCAGUUUCAGGAUGAGAAGCAUCCGGAGUACCGGAAAAGUGCGGGUUUUCUUGCGGAGGGUGCCGCUGGUGAAACGCCGGAGCCAAUCAAACGUUCGCCCUCUGGUGGUGGAAAUCCGAAGCAAGCUGAGCAGGUGUCUGCAGAUCGGAGAAAAGCAGUGAGUGAAUCCAGGAUUCCAGGCGGUGCUAAGGUAACGCGUUUAGACGAGCGUCUUAAAUCCAAACUCAAGCCACCUGGCGUUCUUCAGAGGGCUUCUGCGAACUUGGCUGCCGCAAAAGGAACUGGUGAUGGGAAAAAUAGCACCUCAAUUAAGGCUGGCGUGACGGUCACGGCCGUUGGUCAAAGGGAGAAAAAGAUUAUUUCUCCUCCGAGUGCGAUGGAUGCGACAAGUUCCGCGGCGAAAACACAAAAGAAGGUGUCCUUUAUUCCGAGCCUAUCGGUGGGAGUUUCCGCGACAGGCACAACACCUGGUGGCAAUGUGCGAACAAGUUCAGUCAAAACGAUUCUUCGAACCAGAGCUCAGCAAUCGAACCAACAACCGCCGGGAGACAACUCAGUCGAGUUUAAGGAAUUAUACCGCGAUUAUCCUUUGCCGUUACCUCCCUAUCGAGAACCUCCUCCGGCACCAGUAACUCCUGCGUCAACAAACGUGGGCACAAUUCUAAAGCAACGGCCCAACGACUCGAAACCAAUCUACGAUGAGCAACCGGCAGAACAGACCAAGAAUGAAGAUGUCAGUGCGGUCGUCAGGGCGAAACUGAAGGGCUUCGGAUUAGGUAAGCUGAUAUCGGCGGCUAGCACCGGUCAGGAGCGGAGAAACACCAACAAUUACGUCACUCUCCCGCCGUCACCAAAGGCGUCAAGUAGAACCAUGUCUUCCCGAGGUGGUGUUGGUGUUGGUGGGGACCUACCAGCGAUUCCUACGCAACCACCUUCGCCAUGCUCUCAGGCAGCUUCCGUGGAGUUGGAUAAACCCCGGCAACCGUCACCAGAUGACAUACUCGCGAAGCCCGAGUUUAGUUCGUCGCUGUUCAAGAACCUACCCGUACGGCAGAAGAAAGGAACUGUGCCACACCUGGAGAACUACUGCCUGUUCGAUCCCUCGGUGGACUUCUUCAAUGAGAAAGAGCACAAGAUGCGCGCUAUUCCUGAGACGGCUGAGCUAGCUGAUCAGGUAUUGUACCAGGACCAUCUCAUCUACGAUGCCGUCGUAGAUCGUGACUCGGACAACUACUUCACCAUCGAGCCUGAGUCGCUCGAGAUUGAAACAAAGAACCGGUUGUCACUGGAGAAGGUCGAAGAGAAAAUUGACGCGAUGUUCAAGAAACCACGCACUGGUUCGUCUUCAUCCUCAACGGGUUCGACGAGUGGUUCCAGUCCGGACUAUCCGUCAAUGUUCAAUUCGGUCAUCGAAACGCCCUCCUCGAACCUAGAGUCAACGGACGAGAGUGACUACGGAUUCCGCAAUCGGCUCAUGGAGAAUCUGAAGGUGUUGACGGUUCCAAAAUCUAUCUCCGGAUCGAUUCCUGACGAAGACGCUGAGGCUCAAGAGCGAGAUACCGAGCAGGAGACGGCUGCCAUUGAUGCAGGAGCGACAGAGAGAGUUGUGGAAGAAGGCCGUGUAUUGCGACAAUCGGCCCCUUCACCAUCGGUGUACUACGGUGUAGUGUUGAAGCCUAGUCCUAUUGCCUCUCGGCUCGAGCGAGUUUAUCAGCAGCAAUCAGUGUCCUUGCCCAAUUCUCCCCUACUACAGCAUCGUCUUCAACAGCAGCAAUCAUUGAAGCAGCACCGAAAAUGUGAUGAUUCAUCAUCUACCUCCUCGUCAGCAACCGUUUCACCACCGGCUGCCGCAUCCGUGGAUGUGGCCCCUAUCGUCACUGGUGGAACCCUCCGGCGUCAGAACACCUUCAGCGGUUCCAGCACGACGGUAACUUCAGCACCCGAGGGCGUUGGUAUGCCGGCCCAAGGGACGUCGAAGGCAAUCAACACGUCUCCUUCGUCGGCUUCCGGAGAGCAAGAGAAGUCCUCACCGAAAGCAGUGAAAACCAAAUCCGCAGCGGGCAAUGCAUAUCCUGCAGGUGUGUCCAGUGGCAAGGUGUCCAAUUUACUGCCCUUGCUUCGGGCUACGUACGCGUUCGAUCCGCUCAAGUCCAGCUUUUCGCUACCUCAACUUCCGAGCGCCAAUCGGGCGAGUGUGUCAUGUCCUGCUGCUACGGGAGCCAUCAGUAAGUUCCAAUCAGCAGCCAGCAACGGGGGACAACAACAUCGAAAUGGGUCUCUUGACUCUACACCGCUGUUCAACCGUUUGAGAAAGCGCGAACGGCCUCUCUCGAACCACAGUGACGCCGACAGCGGCUUCUUGAGUCCGGCCACUCCGCCAGAUUCGAACGGAGCGUCCAUUUUAGCCACAACCUGCGAUGAAGCGGCGUUGAUGUCACAAGGUGUUGGAGCAGAACAGGGUGGCACGGAAACAAACUCAGACGCCGUCGUUCUGGAGCAGUGCGACAGCAUCCAGGAGCUGAUACAGAUCUACACCGACUGGGCCAACUACUAUCUGGAACGGGCAAAGUCGAAGAGGAAGGUGUCGGACCUGUCCGCCGACUGUCGCGAUGGGCUUCUGCUCGCCGAAGUGAUCGAAGCCGUCACCACCUUCAAAGUACCUGAUUUGGUGAAGAAACCAAAAACUCCUCAACAUAUGUACGACAACGUGAACUCGUGCCUCACGGUUCUUAAAUUGCACCAGGUCGGUGGCUUAGAAUCGGUCACUCCGAAUGACAUCUGCAGCGGGCGGCUGAAGGCCGUACUAUCACUCUUCUUCGCUUUGAGUCGAUAUAAACAAGCGACGAAGCAGAAAUCCUCGCUGCAGCUCCAGCCUCCUCAACUCCAUCAACAAACGCAACAACAGCUGCCGCAACAGCAUCAGACGAAGGUAGAAAUUCAUGCCGUGCCCGCAGAAAUGACAAAUCGACAACUUCCGGUGCCGUACGCGAAAGCAGGCGUAAAUGGCGGCACAGCGAUACCACUUCCGGCCACCGUGCUGGUCACGAGGCGAUGUCCACCGGACAAAGUACGUCCACUGCCACCGACACCGAACCAACAGACGGGAUUACACGGUGGCCUGCAGAAACACACGCUUGGCGGCGGUGGCGUCUCCAACAAUACACCAUCCGAUGGCAAUAGCUGCCCUGGGAGCCCACAGCACAACGGCACCGCGAUAAUCACACAAAUCCCGAAGGGAAACAAUAGCUUACGACUGCCACAAGCGACGAACUGCAAGAUUCCGGCCAGUCCGUAUAACACCGCGGGUUCCAACACGCUGCAGCACAACAACCACCACAACAAUAACAACAACACCAUCACGUUGAUCCCGAAUGGCAAUGUGGCGAACAUUCCGACCAAUCAGGCGGUACAACACCAGAAACACUCGAUGUUGGACAAGUUCAAACUGUUCAAUAGCAAGGACAAGCAAGACCGAUCCGCCCAGAAGUCACAAAUCUCCAAGCGCACCAGUUCGAGCAGUGGUUUCUCGUCGGCUCGCAGCGAACGGAGCGAUUCCAGCCUCAGUCUGGACAAUGGCCACCAUCAGAGUAGCCUGCAACCUUCAGUAACGGCGACCACAGCCAUACCAGGCGCGAAGAUCAAAGAGUCCGGCCUGAAGAAGCUCGAUUCAAGUGCGAAAUCGUCUCCAUCGGGUGUGAUGAGUGCUUCCACCACCUCAAAGUCCUCCUCGAAGCUAAUCUCUUCCAAAUCAAGCUCGAAGGAGUCCGCAAAAGCUGCAGCAAAAGCAGCCGCGGCCGCUGAAAAACAACGCCACAAGGAUCCCGCAGCCGGACCGCCACAGGACUCAACGCAAACGCACAUUCCGCUCGCCCCACAGAAAGCACAGAAAAUUCCGAUGGCGACAACCGUAACGACGACCUCGCUGACGUCGGCCGCCGGUGCGUCGGCGAUGAUGUCGAAGGUGCCAGCCCAAGACCCUGCCCGACUCAAACUUGCCUCCGUGGGUAGCACCGCGCGAAAACUGGACUCCAAAUCCGAAAGUAAAACUAGUUUGCUGCAACUCCAACACCAAACCACUGGCUCACCGAUGAUGGUGCCUCAGACGCCGAAAAACGUGGUGCCUUCGCAGCAGCAGCAACAGGCUGCGAUGCAGCAGCCGGCAGUUGGCACCGGUAUUCCGAAACCGAUGGCCGCAAUCAAGGGAACGAGCAAACCAUCGCAGCUGCUGGCUCCGUCGUCCGGGUUGAAGGAAGAACCAGCGGCCAUUUGCAAACCUUUGGGACCGCAGGUGCCAAACAACAACAACGCCAAUGGAGCGAUCAGUGUCAGUGGAAACAACAACACCAUGAUGGGACAGCUUCUCCAGCACCAGCAGCAACAGCAACAGCAGCAAUUGCUGCAGCAAUCCGUGCAGCAGCUCGUCACAAAUGGAGCCACAAAUGGCAUGUCCGAUAGCAUGCACUCCAACUCCACACAAGGUGCUUCCAUGGGCCAACACUCGACGAACUCGAGUGAAACGUCCAGCGUAGUGGCGUAUCGUCCCAGCUCAGAAUCUGGUUCGGAACAGCUGCUCCAAUCACCCCAGAAGCUACAUCCGGCCAACGGCGUUGCUGGACCACUUCUCUUCAAUGGCCAACCGGACGUGAAUCUCAACAGCAGUAAUAGCAGCGGUAGCAGUCCUGGAGCUGGACACGUCUUCAUCAAUGGCAACGGGAACCUGCAUCAGAGCAACAACAACCACAGCAUCAACACGACACCCAACAACAACAACAACCUCAGCAAGUUCCACACCGUGCCCACGAAGAUGCUCGGUGCUGGAGGUGUUCCAAUGGUCGGUAAUCAGACCACAAUCUACGAGCAGGAAGAGAAGCAGAUCACAGUGAUGCCGAUGAGGCCUCUUCUGCGAGGUUACAACAGUCACGUAACCCUACCGACACGUGGUACUCGCGGACAUCAUCACCCACACGUGCACCAGCACCAUCAGCUGAUGGCGGCCGACUACUGUGAGGACUUCGGUGGCCAGGGUGGUGGCUACUGCAGCGAUGGUGAUGCCCUGCGAAAGGUUCCAGCCCGUUACUCGGACAACAUUGACAACGGGUACCUUUCGGAGGGUGGUGGUGGUGGUGGUGGCGGUGGAGGAGGAGCGAGUAUCCUUACGGGCGCAGGUCGACAACAGCACGCCUCCUACAUCAGUUCGCUGCGUGCCCGAACGCAACUCCCGACGACCAUCGAAGAGCGAUGUCGUAGCAGCCGAGGCGAUCACUUGGACAGCGUGGGAACGAACCCACCUGCAAUGGAGCACUCACAUGCCAACGGGAAAAGCAGUAGUGCACGCCACAGCAGCGGCAGCUCGGUCGGACCAAACGGCCGAGAGUACUGGGGCAAGUUGCCUGAACCCUCACCAAUUGGGCUUGGCAGCAACGGAGGUGGCACCAGCAGUCAGCACAGCUCACAACCUCCAAGUCCUACGGCUUCGCGCAAGGAUAAAACCGGAUCCAGUCCGAGUCAAUCCCGCCGAAGCACGCCGUCUUCGAAGGGUGUCUCUAGUCGCGCCAAAACGGCCGGAGUUCCGCAGAGCUUUGGCUAUAUUAAGCGAACGAACGGUAGCAACGGAGCCACCGGGAUGCCAGGUGUAGAUCCACACCAACAACAACAGCAACAGGGCCAAAAUCUGCUCACCGGUGGUCGAACGGCACACGUCUCUGCUGUGCCGCGAUCCAGCAAGCUGAAAGUUUCCGGAGGAACUCAAACCACAACCGCUGACUUCCAAGCUAAAGUCCAACAACACCCGCAGUACCGCAGCUUCUCGCUCACGGGACCUGGCGCGGCCCAACUCAGCCAGUCGGUGAAAGAAAGGUUUGGCUCCGGAACGCACAGUUUGCCUAAGCCCGGUUUAGAUAUGCAUGUCUUCCAACAUAGAAUGUCCAAUCGCGCGUCCGCCAAGCUGACCGACGGGAGUCUCUCCGACACGCAGACGUACGCCGAGGUGAAGCCCGACUACGGCUCCUACGCCAUGUGGCUGAAGCACUCGAACACGGCCAGCAGUCGGCUGUCGGAGGGCGACACCCUGGAUGCGAUCUCACUGGGCACCUCACCGGCAGCCGCCGUGGCAGCCGUGACUGGAUCACCCGGUGCAGUCACUAGACCGCACAAACUCCUCCAUCACACACGUGGUGAAACGCAACAACCGCAUCUACAUCACGCCUCCGGUGCUGCUACCACCAGCAGUCCGCGUCUUAACCGAAGUAACAGCAUCAGCUAUCUGAAAGAGAGGACCUACCCCAGAUCGACCAAAUCGGAGAAAAUGUACCCCUCGAUGUUGAGCCGUGGUCCGGACGUGGAGAUUGAACCGUAUUACUGCCUCCCAGUGGGCACUGUUGUUCACGCCGGUAACGGUGGGAUGGUUCCAUGGAGCCAACCAACCUCACCGACACCACCAGCUCGAGGCUUUGGAGGACUGCUUUCCCCAACGCACACUGGAGCCAGUAAUGCAGGCUCUCGGUUGACCUACCCGAAGAAAAACGACGAAGUGCACGGUAGUCAGGCUUCCCUGCUGUCGGGAGGCUCGUCCUUGUACGGAUCAACUGAGGAACGUCAGGCCGGAGAAGUACGACGACUGAAGCGCGAGCUCACCGACGCCCGGGACCAGGUCAUGAGCCUCUCGAGUCAGCUGUCAACAAACGCACACGUGGUGGCUGCAUUCGAGCAGAGCCUUUCGAACAUGACCCAUAGACUGCAGUCGCUUACGGCGACGACGGAGAAGAAGGAUAGCGAAAUUUUGGACAUGCGCCAAACGAUAGAGCUGCUGCGGAAGCAAUCGAUCCAGGCCGGUUUAACUACCGCCCAUAUGCAGAGUAUGGGCGUACAAGUUAAUGGGCAGGUCAACGGAACGGCGACCGCAGCGGAACAGACGAAAAUGAUGACGACCGGCAACGCCACAGCGAGUGUGGCAGCAUCCAACACCGGAUCAUCGGCCAGCAUGCCGGCCGGUGUGGAAAUGCAACGACACCAUAGCUCCGACUCUAUGUGCUCGUUGAAUUCGGUCAGUUCCGGCUGUUCCGCCCAGGACAAGAGCAAGCAGAAGAAGAAGGGCUGGCUUCGAAGCUCGUUUACCAAAGCCUUUUCGCGUAAUGCCAAAAUCUCCAAAACCAACCGCCACGUGACCGCGGGUGGAACCAAUGGGCCAGCGUCAUCGAACGCGACCGAUGGUGGGAAUCAUCAUCAUCAUCAUCAUCACCAUCACCACCAUCACGGGUCGGUGCUGGAAAAUGGAACCACCUCGACGACGACCACGACUAUGAAGGCUAUGCCCGGGGGGCCGCUGAACGGAAGUGGCCUAAAACAGCACGGUGUCCCUCCUCCACCUGGAGCCGGAUUACCACCACCUUCACCGACCAAAGGUAGCCCGCACAAAACGAUGGCCAUCGUCGAUAAUGCCAAACCCAUCGACGCCAUCGAACAGAAUGGGAAUCUCGUGGUGGAAGAUCUCAAAAAGCAACUGCGGGAGAAAGAUCUCGUGCUCACGGACAUCCGGCUGGAGGCGUUGAGCUCGGCGUCGCAGCUCGAAAACCUAAAGGACACGGUCAUGAAGAUGCGCCAGGAGAUGAUGAACCUUAAGCAGAACAAUGAACGCCUGCAGCGGUUGGUGACGACACGAUCGUUGGCCGGCAGUGAAGUGUCUCUUGGUCCCGUCAGCCCUAGCGGAUCGAUUGGGGAACCACGACGAUACAGUCUGGCAGCGGACAAUGGCAUGGGAAGAGCCCCAUUGGAGCUACCACAGAACCUCGACGAAACGGAGGAAGACAACAUCCCACCUGCGCCCGCUCCAGAGCCUCCGCCAGCUCCACUAAGUCCUGCGAUCAUCGCCGAGCUAUCACCCACGAUCGAGCGGGCGGCCAUGGUGAACGAAAUCCUGACGACACCCGCCGAAGACGUGGCAGAUCCUGUGGACGGCAAGAAGAUUUCGAUUGCAGUCUACCUUGGCCAGCCCGAGUCCUUCCCUAAGUACGCGGAAGAGAUGAACGAAUGUGAUAACUACUACCACUCAUCGCCGGACGAUGAGAAGCCGGAUGGCACCGAGAAGGGCCCAAAGUCGUCCUCGUUCUCCCUGGGCAAUGGCGUAGAGACGAACGAGUUCGUCAUCGCGUACACGUACAUCUCGGGUAAAACGACCUGGCAGAAUCUGGACUAUAUCGUGCGCAAAACCUUUAAGGACUAUCUUUCGCGCAUCGAUCCGGGCACGAACCUGGGCCUAAACACGGACUCCAUCACGUCGUACCAUCUGGGCGAGGCAAAACGAGGACCGGAGAUGGGCUUCCCGGAGCUGUUGCCUUGCGGGUACAUCAUUGGCAACGUGAAGACGUUGUACAUCUGCUUGCAGGGCGUCGGAAGCCUAGCAUUCGAUAGCCUUAUCCUGCGGAACAUUGUGCACCGGUACAUCUCGCUUCUGACCGAACACCGGCGGUUGAUCUUGUGUGGUCCCAGCGGUACCGGAAAAUCGUAUUUGGCGCGCAAACUCGCCGAAUUCCUCGUAGCCAGAGCUGGCCGGGAUAAUCCGAUCGAAGCGAUCGCCACGUUCAAUGUCGAUCACAAGUCCUCGAAGGAGCUGCAGCAAUACCUCGGCCACAUUGCCGAGCAGGCGUCGAUGUCGAAUGGUGCCGCGGAAGAGCUACCGGCGGUGAUCAUUCUGGAUAAUCUGCAUCAUGCGUCCGCCCUUGGGGACGUAUUUUCGUGUCUACUAAGUGCCACAGCCUCCAAGUUGCCAUGCAUCAUCGGAACUAUGUCGCAGGCAACGUGCAACACCACGAACCUUCAGCUGCACCAUAACUUCCGAUGGGUUCUUACGGCAAACCAUAUGGAACCGGUGAAGGGAUUCCUUGGUCGGUUCUUACGCCGUAAGGUGUUCUCCGUUGAGCUACAGAACCAGCAGCAGCAGCCGCAACUGGAGAAGGUGUUGAAAUGGCUACCGACCGUGUGGCAGCACAUUAACAGCUUCCUGGAGACGCACAGCUCCAGUGACGUUACGAUCGGUCCUCGAUUGUUCCUCUCGUGCCCGAUGAACCUGCCUGACUCGCAGGUGUGGUUCACGGACGUCUGGAAUUACCACCUUGCGCCGUAUCUUAUGGACGCUGUUCGAGAAGGCGUGCAACUGUACGGUCGUCGGGGUGGUGCCUGGGUUGAUCCAUGCACCUACAUCCGCGAGACGUACCCUUGGCCAGUGGGACCAACGACGGUUCCUCAACUCCGUCAGAUCACAGCCGACGACGUUGGACUCGAAGCCAGCGCACCCGGAAACUCGGAGAAUCAAGAUCCGCUGUUGAACAUGCUGAUGCGCCUGCAGGAGGCGGCCAACUACAAUGGCAACGCGGAACAGGAUUCUGACUGUGCCAGUUUGGACUCAAACAUGACGCACGACAGUUCCGCUGGAGCGGAGUAAGUCGGCCAAGAAAACCGAGAACACCAAACACCGUGCAAGGUAACGAACGGAUGAAGGAAUUGAAACACCACACCAACUCCAAGCCUGCAGCGGUGAACGUGCGUAGAGGAUGAAGAGUAUUUACACCAUGCCAGGUAAAGCCAAGGAUGGAUUUUUGUAAUGUUAUUUUUGAGAUGCUGCAAGUACAGCACAUGUCCUGUACGGUUCCGAUGCUGUUCUGUCGUUGUUCAGCUAUGCUGCUCCUUUUUUGUGUCCGACUGUCUAUUGAUGGAGGCGUGAAAAAGGCUAUUAAUUAAUUUCCGGCUGAUGACCCACCAAUUGGACAACAGAUCCGCAGCGCACGCUACCCUACCACGACGGGUCGCAGUCGCCUAUUGCGUGCAGCAGAGUGUCACCUUUUCAAUCGUCAUUAUUAAGCCUCAUUAACGCAAGUGAAGCCAUUAAAUUAAUUAACCGA